UGUUUGAUGUAGCGCAAUUAACGCCUAUCUGUAACACAUCUGUGUUCAUCGGCAUCUUCUGACAUUCUUUUGUCAAUCAGUAAAGACAAUAUAAUAAUUUAAAAAAAAAUCACGCGCUUUCCUGCGCUCGUGCUUUCCUAUAAAGUAGGACGAUUUUUUCAAGAAGGCAUCAUUUUCGAUCAACUCUUCAAAAUGUAUCAAUGUAUCCAAUGCCAACAACCUGUGACGCAGCAUCAAGGAGCACUGUUUUGUGAGGAGUGUGAGAGAUGGCAACAUCGGGAGCGUGAUUCUGGAGUAACGCAAGCGGAGUGUCAGCGAGCUGUAAGGGAGAAUUACAUCGAACGGAGUUGCAACGAGUGUGCUGUUAAUGACAACGUUCAGCAAUUACCUGACAAAUUAGAAGUUUAUGCCGCCGGCCUAGGACCCUUCAAGAAACCAGAUUCGCACCAAGAAGUUGAGAUUAACGAUCCCUAUCCCCAACCUAAUCCUGAAAAUGACGAUGAGGAUGACCAAAUAACGUACACGGUGCUAGAGGGCACAUCAGCUUGUGGGAAGGAUACUUUGGUAGACAGUCUUGGCUACCAGUAUACCAAAAAAGUUGACAAGCGACGAGCGAACACGAUCUGGCGCUGUUCUCUUCGGACGAAGGCUAGAACUUGCAAAGCUACUGUUAUUCAGAAAGGCGGGGAGUACACUCCUGGAUUACAUGAUCACAUAUGCGGUAUGAUGCCAGGACGAGGGAAAGUAGCUGUCAUCCGGCGCAACAUAAAGUUAGAAGCCAUGAGAAGACCAUAUGAUUCUGUGGCGGAAAUAGUUGAUAAAGUGCUACGAGAAGAUAUUGGGGUUGAACAGAUCGAACUACACCCAACUCUGCCAAAGCCAUCGUGCCUCGCAAGACAGGCAAACCAGAAGAGGAAAUUAUCACGCCGAAGGCACCCAUCAGAUUUGAAUUUUGAAGUUCAUGAGCAACACACGAGAUGACAUUGUUACAAUAAUCAAAUUCUAAGAUAAGAAUUAAAUUGUAUGUAGGCCUAUGUAUUAUUUAUUGUUAAUUAUUGACUAUAGUAAAACAAUAAUUAAAUGUUAAGAUAAGAAUGAAAUUGCGUACGUAAAAUGGAAUGUUGUUAAUUGUUGACUUUGGUAAAGCAAUAAUAAAAUGUUAUUCUAAGAAUGAAAUUGUGUAUGCAUGUAGUAUUUUAUAACACCAACAACUGAUAAUGUGCUAUGUAUUGGUAAUCAGAACAAACACAACACUAGUUAGCAAAACAUCAAAUAAUAGUAAUAAUGAUGAU